AUGUUGAUUAAACGAAAAUGGCAAGAUUAUGGACAUUGGUUUCUCAGUCUUCAGGCGGUAUUGUAUGUCGUCUUCUUACUGUUAAUGACGUAUUCUCUGCUGCAUGCCUCAACCAGACCGGACCCAAAUAGUUACAGGAGUGUGAUAGACUCGUUGCGUGUAUUUUGUGAGGUUGCUACUCUUUUCAUGGCUGGCGUUUACAUAUGCGAAGAAAUAAAUCAGAUGAGAAUAGAAGGGCAUUCAUACAUCACAGAGUGGAUGACCCUGUUUGACUGGUUAGGCCUGUUGUUGGUCCUAUGUAUAAUACCCUUGCGGUUCACUGGUAGCAAAGCACAGUGGACGGUUGCAUCUUUAGCUGUCUUGUUCAAUUUCUUGAGGAUAUUCAAGUUUUCUUGUGUUACAAGGACAACAGGAUUAUACACCAAAACUUUGGCUAAGGUCAUUCAGCAAGACUUGACACGAUUUAUGACUGUUUUUAUUGUGGUCUGUCUUCCCUUUUGUGGUGCCUUGUUUUUAUCUCUUCGUUUCUCCAAAGAGAAUUAUCAGUUUAGUGGCUUAGGAGACGUGUUGCAGAGCAGUUUUCGAGCAGUGUUCGAACAACGACCCAUUGCGGAAGAUUACACAGGCUUCAACUGGCUGUCAAUUCUGCUGAUGAUGACGUACAUGGGGACAAUGAUUGUGAUACUUCUGAACAUACUUAUUGCACAGUUGAGCACGACCUACAUUCAGGCCAAGAAAGUCGCCCGUCUGGAGUACGAUGUGGAUCGUAUUUUACAGCUCACUCGCAUGGAAAGAUUUCCUUUUCUGAACUUGCGUGUGAAAUAUUACAAAGAGGGAGAGUGGAUCGGUGAGAGGAAACUGGCGGAAGAGCUUCUGGAAUUCAGCGAAGAACGUAAUCCUUGGGAGUCAGUGGAAAAGAAGCUAAAUGCGAUAAGGGACAUGAUGAGAAAGAUUGUGAAACAGAUAAGGCCAGGAAGGGAAUGA